GUGUAGCUGAGCAGUUUGCUAUUGCAGAAGCAAAGCUCCGUGCCUGGUCUUCAGUUGAGGGUGACGAUUCGACAGAUGAUUCGUAUGAUGAAGAUAUGUUGCCACCAAUGGAUCCAUCCCAGCCUACAGGUAAAUGUGGGACAUAUAUGUGA